AUGGCUAACGCCGUAACGUCUCGGCGCAACCCUGAAUUAAAAGGAGAGAUCAUCAUGGCACCUCCCGCGCUUCCCGCGAUUGACGCGGCGGCUACGGAAUCGCCAUCGGCGACGGAGCCGUGUCUGGUGGGCACGCAGGUGAUUGAGCUUCCGUCGGAGGUAUUCACUCUAGAGGACCCCAGCUCUCUCCUAUCGCUCGACACGUGGUACAACGUGCUCGACGACGAUGAUCGCGAGCGCCUCGCGCGCUUUCUGCCGUCGUCGGAGCGCGCGGAUCCGUCGGAACUUCUCGAGCAUCUGUUCGAGAACUCCGCGUUCCACUUCGGAAGCCCCGUGCAGGCGUUCUGGGGGAAGCUGUCGGCGGGGAAGUUCCACCCCGCCGUCGAGCUGCUCGCGCGCAGCGUGCGCGUGCUGCAGCGCAAGCAGCACUACCACGACGUGCGCCGUUACCACGACGACAUGGCGCGCGGGCUGCGGGACAUGCGCGCCGUCUGGCAGCAGCUGCCCGACGCGGAUCUCCCGCAGCGCCUGCAGCUCUGGCGCGACGUCAAGGCGCAGGGCGGGCUGUCGGCGGCGGGCCGCGCGCGGCUCGCGAAGAGCGGGUCGGAGUCGCAGCUCGCGGCGGACGGUGCGAAGCGGAAGGAACCCGAACCGGACGCCGAAGCUGCCUUGGCUUCACGUGGCGACGACAGCGGGCGCGCGGCGAAGAGAGCUACGUUUGACGAAAAGCCGCUGGAUGCGCAAGUUGCGGCGGGAAGCGAGUUCAAUCACGCGAGUCAGCUCAGUCAACUGAGUCAAUCUAGUCAGCCGAGUCAGCCCGAGGGGGCGGCGGCGGACAUCGGAUUCUCCAUCCGCGCGCUGCUGGCGGCGGCGCGGGACGUGCUGAUGCAGAGCCGCGGGGAGGGCGGCGGGAUCUGCGGCGACGAGGCGUCGUUCGCGUGGAUGCACUCCGCCGACAUCGUCCAGCGCGUGCGCGAGCGCCCGGGCGACCCGCGCGCGCUGCGCCUGUCGCUGCGGUUUGGCGAGCUGGUAAUCACGGCGCUCAAGGUGCUGCAAACCAAGGCGCCGCCCGGCACGCGGCUAUGGAAGCCGUUCGUGCAAUCGCGGCGGCAGGGGUCGGAGUGGGCGUGGUGCGGCGCGGUGACGGACGCAAUGGACCCGAGUCGACCGGUGAACGCGGACCCGCUGAGCUGGGGCAUCGCGGAGAAGGGGCUUAGUCGCCUGGAAGAACGGUUUGUGAAGAUGCUGCAGGAUGCCGGCUCGCUGCCGCUCCCGCUCCCUGACACCACCUCUGCGAAAGACUCUGCUGCUGGUGCUGCGGGCGCGGGCGGUGCAGGUGGUGCGGGUGCCGGUGCUCCGUCUGUUGAUGCGCCAUCCGCGCCUGCGGAGGGGAAGGGGCGGGCGGUGGCGGGGAAGGCGGAGGAGAAUAGCGGGGUGAGCGGCGUAGCAGGAGGAGGCGGGGGGGAAGGCGCGCGCGUGGCGCCCAGGGACGGCGACGACUCGCCGCACCUGCCCGCGCUCUCGCGCUCGCUGGUCAACGAGCCUCGUGCCCCGUUCAGCCAACUCAAGAGCCAGGUGACGCUCGCACCUGCAUCGGCGCACAUGAGAGCGCUGUUCCAGUGCGAGGAGCGGCUGCGGUACGAGAUCCCCUGCCAUGCCUUCCGCUACACGGCCACGGACGGCGGCAAGGCCAUGGUGGCGCCCGUGGUGCGGCAUGGCGCCAAGGCCGUGGCCAAGGCGCGCGACCACGCCAUGCUCAAGCUCGAGCGCCCCCCGCACGUCACCAUCCUGUCGCUCGUGCGCGAUGCUGCUGCGCGGCUGCCCAACGGGAUUGGCACGCGCGCGGACGUGUGCACGCUGCUGCGGGACUCGCAGUAUUUUGUGGCGGAGUCCCCUGAGGCACAGGUGAACCAGAUAGUGAGUGGCGCCAUGGACCGGUUGCACUACGAGCGCGACCCGUGUGUGAAGUACCUGGCGGACCGCAAGAUGUGGCGCUACCUGCACCGCCACCGCGUGGCGCACGACUUCCUGCCCGACGGCACCGUCUCCACGCGCCAGUGGGGCCGCAAGAAGGGCGGCGCAGGGGGAGACGGCGACGCUGGGGAUGCGGUUGCCGGUGGUGCGGAUGGGGUUGCCGGGGAGGGUGUGGCUGGGGAGGGCGCUGCUGGUGGGGAAGGAGGGGUAGGUGGGAUGGCGGAGAGGGAGUUGAGUGUGGUGGUUGGUGCGAUUGGGGGGGUUGAGGGUGGGAGGAGUGGAGAGGAGGGUGUGAGGAGGGAGAGGGGUGUGGGGUUUGGGAGGAAGAGUGGAGAGAAGGAGCAGCAAGGGCAGGUGGUGGGGUUGAGUCAGCAAGGGGAGGUGCAGAGGGGCGUUGGCGGGCUGGAUAAGCAGGGUGUACCAGCUCAUGUGAAGCUGCUGCCGGCACAGCAGCAGCAGCAACUCCAGAAUUUGCAAGGGGGGGGGUUCUUUCCAGCAGAGGGCGUGUUUGGAGAGGGCAGGGGAGGAGGCAGGCUUCACGGGCUGGGCAGCAACACGCAGGGCAGGGAGCUACCCUUGGCUGCAUCCUCAUCUUCCCCUCGUGUGCCUGGUUCUGCCGCUGCCACAGCACUUGCUGCAAGAGGUGUGCUGUCCUCUGCUGCUGCUGCUGCUGCUGCUGCUGCUGCUUCCAUGGGUGUGUCAGCCGCUGGUGUUAAAUUUGAACAGGCUGCAGCGCGUGCAGGAAACAUGGGGCCUUCUCAUGGUAACCGCCUGGUUUCUAGCGAUGGGACCAGUCAUUUUAACCAGAUGAGUGAACCAGGGUUAGGGUUGGGAGGGAACGAGUCCAUAGGGCAGCCGGAAUUGGACUUUGGGCUCAACAAUUUAUCACAACACAGGAUCUCAUCGGCCAGUACUGGUAUCACCAAGCAGUUCUUUUAG